AUGGCGUCGCCCGGCAACGCGCAGACGACCCCAUCGAGCGGCGCGCGGCUGGGCCGAAGUAGGUCAGUAGUGCCAGCAUCUAGCACACGCAUCGAUCGCCACCUCCCGCCACGCCGCCGGCGCGCCGCGGUGCACCUUCCGCUCCCCUCCCCCCCUCCACCGCCCCCCCACCUCCUGCUCGAGCGUCGCGGUCACCCCUCCCGCAACCACUCCUGCCACCACCAGCGUCACCACCUUCACCAUCGCCGCCACAACCACCAACCACCACCGCCGCAGCCAUCAGGCCGCCAACCAAUGCCAGGGCCGCUCCGUCCCGGCAGCAGCGCCGCCACGGCACCUGGCGGCCGCCUGGCGAAACAGGUGGCGCCCUAUGCUUCCGCCAGGCCCCAGCGCUCGCUCGUCUUUUAUUUGCCCCUGUGUUUGUGGUCCACACGGCCGGGCUCACGCGACGCGACGCAGCGCGACGCUAGGGUGUUGCGUGCGGCGUUUGGGCAGUUCCCCCUGAACACGCAGCCAGACGGCGGCUGUGCGGCCAGACAACGCACACAACCGCGCGUCAGGCGCAUCGCCGGCGGCUGCACUCCUCCACACCCCUCUCCAGCCCCCGCCCACCGCGCCCACCCCCGCCCCCGCACCAUAGCCCCUGUGUCUGCCACGUGCCGCAUAUCGAUUUCCGCCGUCGCCGGGGUUUGGCUGCAGCUGCAGCGGGGGCGGCGUCGGCGGCGGCGGCAGCAGCUUCGCACGCGCACACCGGACCGCCCUGGGGUAGGCUCGCGCGCCGCGGCGCUGCCGACUGGGCUGUCCUCGGCCGAUGUCAUUGCCAAGGUCGCGCGAGGCGGAGGCGGCGGGGGCGGCAGUAGCGUCCCCGUGUCGGCCGUCGUUGGCGCCGACCCCGCUUUUGACCCGAGCACCCUUCGAGAGGAUGAGUUCGAGAAGCACGUGGUGUACAUCGUGCCCGACGUCGCCACGGAGCCGGGCUGCCCUAACCGCGCGCAGGAGUCGCUGCCCCGCAACCUGGUGCUGCGACCCAGCCAGGCGCUCAGCGAUGUACAAGGUGUUUGGAGUACUGGGUACAUACCACCAGGAACCAGAUUUGGUCCUCUUGUUGGAGAAGUUUAUGCCAAGGAUGCUGUUCCCAGCACUGCCAACAGAAAAUAUUUCUGGAGGGUGCAAAUUAAAGAAGAACUGGGACACUGGCCUAAGGUCUACAAGGACAAUGAAUUAUAUUAUUAUAUGGAUGGUUAUGAUGUCAGCAAGUCCAACUGGAUGCGAUUUGUAAACCCAGCAUAUUCAUCAGACUCUCAAAAUCUGAUUGCCUGCCAGUACAAGAUGAAUAUCUAUUUUUACACAAUCAAGCCAAUCCUACCCAACCAAGAGCUGUUAGUGUGGUACUGUCGAGAGUUUGCAGAAAGGCUUAAUUACCCACUCACUGGGGAGCUCAUGUUGCAGAGAAUACGACAGCAGGUUAAUGGUGUGGCACCUCCAGCCUCACUGCCUGAAGUAUCAACAACAGCUGCAGCCAGCCCAACGCGGCCUCCCAGUAAGGAUGCUGGAGCACCAUAUGAACCAAGAACCACACAGUUCACUCCUACAGCAGAUGGUUCUGUGCGUUCUGAUGAGGGCUACCACAGCAACGAAUACCAUGAUGAUGCCUUCACACCACCUGAGGACAGCAGUGAUUCAGACAGUGAUAAUUAUGUCCUCGAUUUCAGUAAGAAAUCAUCCCAAAAAGAGACAAGUGUUGUUGUUGAACCACCAGAUGUUCAGAAAAAUGAAUACCGGAAAGUAAAAAUCAAGAUAACAAAAGCCUACCAUUACAAAAGUGCCAAGAAUGAAGCAGUACCAGAAACAACUGUUGUCGCAGACCACGAGAAGGAGAGGUUAUCGCCUGUCGCUACAGUUCAUGCACCACCAGCACCAGUAGCGGUGCCCAAAUCUGAAGUACUAGAUGCACCACCCACCAGUACCACAUCUGUCAUUGUCAAUGAGUCAUCACUGAAAAAACCAUUUUAUGAGCCAGAUGUCGUACGUGAGCCUACACCACCAAAUCGCCACCGUGUAAGUCCCCUCGGAGGCACGAGCAUUCUCGAAAACAUACUGCUGCGUAACAGGCCAAAUGCAGGUCAGCAAGCAGAAGUCAGUGAGAGAAGUAAUAAUAAUGACGGUGGAAGCAACCCACCACAUGCCACACCACCACCACCAUCUUCACCGACAGAGAUGGCAUAUUCUUACAAGAAGUCACAUCGCUACGGACCACUUCCGUGCAGUCCAGACUCUAGUUCUGGUGCAGGUCACAUCAUCCCACAGCAGCCCCCACCACCUCCUCUACCCUUAUCACCGGUUCACCAGCCACACACGAUCCACCACCCCGUACCGAGACAUCGAUCACCACGUACACCGACCCCGCCUCCUCCACCUCCACCGCCUAUGUUAUACAGCCACCCUCAACCCAUUGCUGUACCUCCUCACCAUCUUGAUGUCUCAUAUUUACCUUCUACAGCUGGUCCAGCAACUAUGUUCAAUACCCAUCAGCCUCCAUAUCCUUAUGGUUUGUAUGCCACUCCAGCCCCUCCACCACAACAAAAUGGGCACCAUCCUCAUCAUCCACCACCUCACUUACCAACUCCUUCUUACUCGCCACCUCAUCUACUCCAUCCACCUACUGUUGUUAUGCACCACCCCAAUACGAGCAGUCAUCAGAUGCUAACUCCCCUUCAACCAUCUCCUCCUUCUUCAUUGUCACCAGAUGGCAGUGCGGGAGUAACACGGAGCAACAGCCCCCACAGCCCAAACAACACUGCUACAGGAAAUGGGCGUGGAUAUCGGUCUCUCCCUUACCCACUGAAGAAAAAAGAUGGAAAGAUGCACUAUGAGUGCAAUGUGUGCUGCAAGACCUUCGGUCAGCUGUCAAACCUCAAGGUCCACCUGAGGACACAUUCCGGGGAGAGACCAUUCAAAUGCAAUGUUUGCACAAAAAGCUUCACACAACUUGCACACCUGCAGAAACAUCAUCUAGUCCACACAGGAGAGAAGCCUCAUCAAUGUGAAAUUUGCCAGAAGAGGUUCAGUUCCACAUCAAACCUAAAAACUCACUUGAGACUACACUCUGGUCAAAAACCUUAUGCCUGUGACUUGUGCCCUGCUAAGUUCACACAAUUUGUGCAUCUAAAAUUACACAAGAGACUGCACACUAACGAACGGCCCUAUACGUGCCAGGGUUGUUCCAAGAAGUACAUCAGUGCUUCUGGUUUAAGGACACAUUGGAAAACCACAAGCUGCAGGCCAAACAACAUUGAGGAAGAGCUGGCAUUAGCAGCUGCAGCGGCUGCCGGUUCCCCCCCAGGAUAUUAUGAAUACAAUAGUAUGGAUGUCAAUAUGGGAAGUCUUGAAAGAGAGAUGCCAGAGAUGGACUCAAAAGACUCUUUCAGCAGCCAACAAUCCCAGCACUGCAUUACGACUGCCAACUUGGGAUCACAGGAGCCACCUAGGCCAAGUGUGAUAGAAUCUUCACAGCCACAUGUUAUUGAAUGCACUUAAUGUGGAAUUGUUAGUGUUGAAUACAGAAAAAUGACUCAUGUGGUGCAGCCAGUGUUAACUGAACCAACACAUUAGAUGUACCUCCAUUUUUCUGUGGUGAUGUUCUUAGUUACAUUUUUAAAAGUUCUGGAUGUUUGCUUCCCAUGAUUAGAUGUUAUGUGGUAGAACAUUCUUUGAGUGUAUAGUUCAUAUCUUGUAGUGAGAGAUAUCAUUUGUAAAACUGUGAUUGUGGACAUAAGGUCACAAAAUGCAGACAUCUGUUAUAAGGGUCAUUACAAGAAUGGAUGAUAUUAGCAUGUGGUGUCAGUGCAAUAACUGACUCAGUUUCAGUCUAGUGAAACUGGGGACUAUUAUCUCUCUGCAUUCGUGUUUCACCACCAAAGCUCCUCAGAUUUUGCUUAAGUAUCAGUAGGAUGGUGUUUAGGUGCUAUGAAGUAAUUUUUCUUGAUGCACUAAGAAAGCAGGCUGUAGGAUUAGGAAUAAAUGUUCCUGCAGAGGUUCUGUUGUAAAUUUGUAUCUAUUUGUAAAAUAUUUCUGUUGCACAAACUGUAUGUU